GCCUUGUAUUCAUUGUAGUUGUUGUAGUACCUAGUAGUAGUGAAGUAAUAGUCUACCUGUCAGUUUGUCUAUUAAGGAUCUCGACUGCAACCGGGAUUCGGGGCACGGACAGUCGAUCUAAGCAAGUUCCGCCAGCACAAAGCACGGAUUUCGACUUGAACCCGUUUGUAUCUCUAUGUCUCUCAAGUACCGCAGAGAAAAUGGAAAAGGCUUUUAGUUAUGAGCUAAGUGGCCUCGACGUUGUCCCACUAGGGCUGACCCACGUCCCUUUAUUACUAGGAGAUACAUGGUAAUUAGGUUGUGAAUAUGUGCUAGUAGUCAAUGCUAAUGCUGUGAUACCCUUUCACGAUCCAAUUAAUAUCCUCGGCCGGCAUUAAUACAUCAAAAACCGACCCCCCGAAGGAGAAAUUGGGUCAUUCUUACCCAUCAGCAUGUGAAGCUCAGUUUUAUGUAUUUCAUCGCAGUUUUUUUUUUUUCUUGGUUUCUUGUCUUCCACGCGCAACUACUACCCUAUCCCACACGGACGACCGCGGGUGAGUUUGUGGAGAGUGAGGAUGUUAUGUCGAUUUACCCACGCGAGACCUUGCUGCUUCGAGAGGAAUCACCCACCCUUUCCUUCCCCAUGACACGGACGGCACAAGGGCUAAACAGGGCCUCCUUGCCCCCCUGUUACCUGUGACCUGUUACCUAAGGGGUUCUCCAUAACGAACAUCGAAUUUGCGUUAAUUAUUCUAAAAAGGGGACAUGGACGAGAACGGGUAAAAGUAAGCUUGUGACAUCGUGACAUCGUGACAUGGCUUUUGAAAGAAAGCUGCGUUGUUCAAUCGAUUACCCUAAAACGUCUAAUAUUAUUUAUCAGCGGCCCUGGUAAGGUAACAUUUUUCGGUCUAGGAUGAUUCCCUCGGAGAGCGAGCCUGACUCGCUAAUGUAGCAGCCGAAACACCGAAUAGCUGGAUCCGCCAUUAUGGGAUCUUAUGAUCAUUUUCAUAGUGGUGUUUUAUCUUGAGUCAGAUAUUUGUUUGUGUUUUUAUAGAAAAAAAAAGGAAAAAAAAAAGUUCGAUAUCGGUUCCCAAUUACUUGAUUGAUAAAACUUCGAUAGCGUGCGGGCUGAUCGAUCG